GGCUCGUUAGCGCAGGGGAUCCGAGCAGGGCAGGACAUGUGAGAUAGUCACAGUUUUCCAGAGAUCACGACAAGAUCUAACCAGUCGCGCGUGGUCCCCGGCGCCGGAGCGGCCCAGCCCAGCCCAGCCCCGCGCAGAGCCCCCGCCGCCCCCGCGCCCAGCGCCCCGCGUCCCUCGCCGUGCGCCGGACGGGGAACCGGGAGGAGCCGCCACCGCGCUUGUCACUCGGGUCGCCCUUCCUCCGUGCGCGCCGCCGCCCGGGCCGGGGGUCCGAGCCGCGCGCCCCCGGCCCUGGCCCCCGGGCGCCUGGGCCGGAUGUCCCGAUGAGAGAGCCGGCGCUGGCGGCCAGCGCCAUGGCUUACCACCCGUUCCACGCGCCACGGCCGGCCGACUUCCCCAUGUCCGCCUUCCUGGCGGCGGCGCAGCCCUCCUUCUUCCCGGCUCUCGCGCUGCCGCCCGGCGCUCUGGCCAAGCCGCUGCCCGACCCGGGCUUGGCGGGGGCGGCGGCGGCGGCGGCUGCGGCGGCGGCGGCGGCCGAGGCGGGGCUGCACGUCUCGGCACUCGGCCCGCAUCCGCCCGGCGCUCAUCUGCGCUCGCUUAAGAGCUUGGAGCCCGAGGACGAGGUGGAGGACGACCCCAAGGUGACGCUGGAGGCCAAGGAGCUGUGGGACCAGUUCCACAAGCUGGGCACCGAGAUGGUCAUCACCAAGUCCGGGAGGAGGAUGUUUCCUCCCUUCAAGGUGCGAGUCAGCGGCCUGGACAAGAAGGCCAAAUACAUCCUGCUGAUGGACAUUGUGGCCGCUGAUGACUGCCGGUAUAAAUUCCAUAACUCGCGCUGGAUGGUGGCAGGCAAGGCCGACCCCGAGAUGCCCAAACGGAUGUACAUCCACCCGGACAGCCCGGCCACGGGGGAGCAGUGGAUGGCCAAGCCGGUGGCCUUCCACAAGCUGAAGCUGACCAACAACAUCUCGGACAAGCACGGCUUCACCAUCUUGAACUCCAUGCACAAGUACCAACCGCGCUUCCACAUCGUGCGAGCCAACGACAUCCUGAAGCUGCCCUACAGCACGUUCCGCACCUACGUGUUCCCCGAGACCGACUUCAUCGCGGUCACCGCCUACCAGAACGACAAGAUCACGCAGCUUAAGAUUGACAACAACCCGUUUGCCAAGGGCUUCCGGGACACCGGGAACGGCCGGCGGGAGAAAAGGAAGCAGCUGACGCUGCCGUCGUUGCGCCUGUACGAGGAGCACUGCAAGCCGGAGCGCGACGGCGCGGAGUCGGACGCCUCGUCCUGCGACCCUCCCCCUGCGCGGGAACCGCCACCCUCUCCGGGGACGGCGCCCAGUCCCCUGCGCCUGCACCGGACCAGAGCCGAGGAGAAGUCGUGCGCCGCGGACAGUGACCCGGAGCCCGAGCGGCUGGGCGAGGAACGCGCGGGGCCGGCGCUAGGCCGCAGCCCCGCCCUGGACAGCAGCAGCCCCCCUCGCUUGACCGAACCCGAUCGCGCCAGGGAGCGGCGCAGCCCCGAGAGGGGCAAGGAGCCGGCCGAGAGCGGCGGGGACGGCCCGUUCGGCCUGCGGAGCCUAGAGAAGGAGCGCGCCGAAGCCCGGCGGAAGGACGAGGGGCGCAAGGAGGCGAGCGAAGGCAAGGAGCCCGGCCUGGCGCCGCUGGUGGUGCAGACGGACAGCGCGUCCCCGCUGGGCGCCGGACACCUGCCGGGCCUGGCCUUCUCCGGCCACCUGCACGGGCAGCAGUUCUUCGGGCCGCUGGGGGCCGGCCAGCCGCUCUUCUUGCACCCGGGACAGUUCGCCAUGGGGCCCGGAGCCUUCUCCGCCAUGGGCAUGGGCCACCUACUAGCCUCGGUGGCCGCCGGCGGCGGCGGCGGUGGUGGAGGCGGCGGGCCAGGGACCGCCACCGGGCUGGACGCGGGCGGGCUGGGUCCCGCGGGCAGUGCGGCCAGCACCGCCGGGCCCUUCCCAUUCCACCUCUCCCAGCACAUGCUGGCAUCUCAGGGAAUCCCCAUGCCCACUUUCGGAGGCCUCUUCCCCUAUCCCUACACCUACAUGGCGGCCGCUGCGGCAGCGGCCUCGGCUCUGCCAGCCACCAGCGCUGCGGCCGCGGCCGCGGCUGCCGCCGGUUCCCUGUCCCGGAGCCCCUUUCUGGGCAGUGCCCGGCCCCGCCUGCGCUUCAGCCCCUACCAGAUCCCGGUCUCCAUCCCACCGAGCACUAGCCUCCUCACCACCGGGCUGGCAGCGGAGGGCUCCAAGGCUGCAGGCGGCGGCAACAGCCGGGAGCCCAGCCCGCUGCCGGAGCUGGCCCUCCGCAAAGUGGGGGCCCCGGCCCGCGUGGCCCUGUCGCCCGGCGGCGCGGCCAAAGAGGCGGCCAGUGAACUGCAGAGCAUUCAGAGACUGGUGAGUGGGCUGGAGAGCCAGCGAGCCCUCUCCCCCGGCAGGGAGUCGCCCAAGUGAGGGGGCCCGCCCUGCUGCUCCGCUGCCGCAGCCGCCGCCGCCACCGCGCAGGCCUCCUGGGUUGCCUCCCCUGCUGCUUGGGACGUGUACAGCACAGAAUGGGUAUUUAUUUAAAUAAAGGAGAGAAAGCGGGCUGCAGCCGGAAUGAAACCCUGAUCGGCCAGCCGGGGCCUGGGACACUUCCCUGGGCCUCACAAGGAAUCCGGAACACAGUCGCUUUGGGGCCACUGGAUUUGGUCCAGGUCUGCUCCGGUGUCAAGGUGUCAUCGGCGGGGCCUCUCCCGGUUCCUCCAGCGCUGUGGGGGAGGCUUCGUACCCGGCUCAGCCAGGGGCUGGCUGUCUGGGGAGCCAGAAGGUGCAGGGGUCAGGGGAGGAAGCCCCAAAGCCCCCUAGCCUGGAGCCCCGGACCGCUGGAGAAUCUGGGGUGAGGGGAACUGAGGUCAGUGAAGAUGAAGUCAGUGUAGACUUGAGCUGAGAGGGGCCUGUUCCUUUAGUCCUUCCACUUCUUCUCCCAGACAGGCGCCCCUCCCACCCCUGGGUAAGCGGAAGGAGUUGCAUUUCUGUCUUGAGUCCCCAGGGGGCGGGGGAAAAAAAAGAUAUUUAUGAAAUAAAUGGUAAUUUGUGUAAAUAAGCUUUAAGGUUCCCAGAAUAUGCAAAUUGGUAUUAAUUUAUUCAAAGGUGUACAUUGCUGUGUACAGAAUAUUUAGAGAUUAACUCAUAGCCUAUAAUUUUUUUCCUUUUACAUGAGCAUCUAUAUUGUACAGGGCUGGGGCGUGGGGAGGAGGUCCUUGGCUGCGGAGAGGGCCCCCGGCCCCCGGAGAAGCCCCCACCCCGCCAGCCCCUCGGCCCCUGCUCCCGGGCGUUUUUUGCUCGCCCGGCCUGCGGGCUCCACCUCAGGUUUUCACUUUUCGCUCCGGAGCGAGACGAAAACGACAAAAACUCGAGAAAACAAUAAAACGCUGCAAUGCGAAGUGAA